CAUCACAACCAGGGUUGCCACCUCCAGCGAGGAGGUCCACGACGCCCUGCCGAUCUGGGAAUAGGACAAUGUCUCAGGCGAGGCGCCGCCUGCAGCCCGCUGGCGCGGAGGACGGCGCGCGGGCGUCCCCGACGCCGCAGCAGCGCGCGGUGGAGGACCGCCGCGCGGCGUCGCUGGAGAGCGCCGCCAGGGCGAAGGUGGCCGAGGACGCGGAGCGCCUCCGCGAGGCGCUCACAGAGGGCGAGAAGGCCGGCGUCGGCGAGGAGGCGCUGGGUCCGCUGCGGUCGCUGCUCGGCGGCUGGGAGCAGCAGGCCCUCCGCCAGCAGGCGGCGGCCCUCGGGGCGCUCGCCGAGGCGGCCACAGGCGGCGACGCGGGGCGCCUCCGCGCCUGCGUGGAGGCGGCCGAGGUGGCGUGCAGCGCGAAGGACCCCCAGGUCGUGGAGGCGCGCCAGUGCUUGUCCCGCCUGGAGCGGCUGGAAGUAGCCCGCCGCCGCCUGGAGGAGGCCGUCUCGAUCCAGCGCCCCGCGGCGCAGUCUGCGGGCCUCUGCAGCGGGCGAGGCGCCAUGGCUUCUGAAUGUUACAGCGAGGUCUGCAAGACGGCCAGCGUGGCUAGCACCACCGAUUGCCCCAAAGGCUUCAAGGUCGACGUGGUGGGCAUGGCUUCCGCGUACAAUAGCGAGGUCCGCAAGACGGUCAGCGUGGAUGGCGACACCGACUGCUCAGAAGGCUUCAAUCUCGACGUGAUGGGCCUCGCAACAGAUGAGUCUGAUUGCGCAGCUUCGUUCAAGACGACCUCCCUGGACAGCCUGACGAAGGUUCAGCUAGACGGCGGAGUUGACGAGCAGCCAGAGCCUGGAGAAGACGAGCCAGACGCGGCUUGGGACAGCUUGGCAGACGGGGACAAGGCUGCCGCCCUGGAAAGGUGGCGGGAGCGGCGCGAGGACCGGCGCGGGCGUCUGGCGAAGCAGCGAGCCGGUUUCGACAGCCGCGCCCACGCCUGCUUCUGCCAGAUGCUCUGCAGCAGCGACUGUCGCCACCACAGCGGCGACAAGUGA